UUAACUCGAUCAAGAAAUACUAUAGUCUAUACGCUUUAAAGAAGUUCAUAAUUUGCGCGCGCAAAUAACAAUUCGCAGAUCAGUUCGCACACCUUUGCACGCAGAAGCUCGCGAUAACAGUACGUCGAUUGGUCAAAUCUCAGUGCAGAACCCCGGUCGCAGUUCCAGACACACGUGCUUAAUAUCUCUGCCCUGUAGUGGGGUGAUACACAAAGUUUAUUAAUUUGGUUAACAUCAUGAGUGACGAAGCUAAUGACGCCCAUAAUUAUCAAGAAAUCCCAGCGCCGAUGUACGAAAACUCGGUUCAAUUGCAUUCUGAGAGUGACGAUAACGAAGAACAUGACGAUUUUAUAUCCGCACCGUCGACCGAGUCUAGUUUAUCUGACGAAGCCUUCGAAGAGAGCAUUCAAAAGAGAAUAAGAGAUUUCAAACUGUUUAACCCGUCUCCUCCGCCUUCACCGGUAUUAGAUUUAACUAACUACAAACAUAAAUACACGCGACAGUGGUCCUUGCCGGAAUCUCCAAGACAAUCUUCAAGCAUGAGCCGAAUUCAAUUUCACCCUCCAGCCUACGUCCAGAGGUACGAGGCCGUUCGGGAUGUUUUGGAGAAGGAUCCAAGAUGGGCUUCCAAUCUCAAAAGCGUUAUUGAUUAUGGAUGCAACGAUAUGGCCUUUUUCAAGUAUCUCAAGCAAAUCCCAGGUGUGGAGGAAAUUUACUGCAUUGACGUAGAUCCAGAUACUCUAAAAGCACGUUACAGGAAUGUGCAACCUUUUCAUGUUGAUCAUUUGAUCCAGAGAGAGUCGCCAUUAAAAGUUCAAGUGCUUCUUGGCAGUGUUGUAGACCCUGACUCAAUUGUAAAAGACUGUGAUGCAGUUGUUGCCAUUGAAUUAAUUGAGCAUCUAUAUCCAGAAGAACUUGAAAAAUUUCCUGCAAAUGUAUUUGGAUUUAUCAAACCUAAAGUAGCAGUUAUAACAACUCCAAAUGUUGAAUUCAACGUCGUAUUCACUGAUUUGGUUGGAUUCAGACAUCCUGACCACAAAUUUGAAUGGACUAGAGCUGAAUUCCAAAAAUGGGCCACAGAUAUUGUUACUAAAUAUCCAGACUAUGAAGUAUCAUUUCAUGAUGUCUGUCUUGGGCCUGAAGAAACAAGAAAUCUUGGAGGAUGUACGCAGAUGGCAGUUUUUCAUAAGCAUUCUGACUUACAAAGUGAAAGAGUACCAGGCCAAGAAGGUUUACUUAUUCCAGUAAUCCUUUACAACUACCCUUAUUACAGUGACAAACGUUGUGUAAAACAAAAAAUUCAUGAUGACGCUGUUUUUCAUAUACACAAUCAAGGACCUCCUGAGGUUUCAUUAGAUUAUAUUCAUGACAAAGUAAAAGAUUAUGAAAUCAGCUUGAUGGAGUUGAAAGAAUUCUUAGAAAGUUAUCAUUGGACAAUUGUCAGAAAAGAAGAUGGUGGUUAUGUAAUAAAAGUUCCAGAAUAUAAUGUAUUUUCCACACAAAGUGAUGAAGAAGAUUAUAAAACAGACGAAGAAUGUGUUGUUAGGACAGAAAAUGAGCAAUCACCAAGUGAUCCUAUUAUAGAAAAUUGGGAUUCGGAUUGAUAAAAAUUACGUUUCCUACAUUAUUAGAACAUUUUUUAUGGAUACCAAUUGUUGAUCUCUUGAGUAUUUUCAAUUAAGGUAUUUGCACAAUGAAAUUAUAGUACCAAAUAUUUAGUACCUGAGAUGCUUUAGGAAGCAUUUAAAAUACAUAUGAGUUUAAAAUUCAUGAAGUUAUCAAUUGAUAUGUUUAACAUUAUUACAGAUGAACAUUAUGCUUUUGUUUUGAUAUAUUUUACUUUAUUAUGAAACUGUUUAAAUUAUAAGAAAGCGAAAUUUCAUACCACAAUGAACACAAAUUAUUGUUUUAACUGUAAAACUUAAAGAAAAUUUGAUAAUGAUAUAUUUUUGUAGUAUGCAGUUUUAAUA